AACCUCAAUACCGUAUUGACCGACAAGUGUAAAGUGUAACCGAUAAUUCUUUAUUUUUACAUUAUAAUUAAUAAUAAAAUGUAAUUUAAUCAUUAUUGUGAUAAUCAUUAGCCUGAUUACAUCUUGCGUUACCUUAAUACAUCCUUUAUUAUGUCUUUAUUAGUGAAAAUUUAGUUUCAAACUUUGUCCAUUACCGUAAGGCUAUAAAUAAUAUUAGUUGCGUACCGUCUUGUUUUGUUUGGAAAUAAUUUUUAUAGAAAAGUUCUUGUGUAUUUAUACGAUUAAUUUUGAAAUGGAAAACAUUGACUUCACGGCACUUGAUUGUUAUAAGGCCCUUAUACCUCAGCUGAAUACCGGAUCCAAGAUCUUACCUAUUCAAACUUUGUAUGAAUUGCAUAAAAAACACAUUCUUCAUUUUCCUGCCUACACAACACUUUUAUGCGAUGAUGCGUUGACUGAUCUGGCAAACAACCUGAUGAAUGAAUGUAAAGAGGUCGGAAACAUGAAACAGGUAGUUGAACUUGUCUCCAGCGUAAUAAAUGCAGAAAUUGUUGAUUCACCUGGCUGUCAGAUAAUUCUUGAAACCAUCACUAAAAUUAUUACAGUUGAAGCAUUGGAAAAUGGAGGCGAUUGCAAAUUGCUUGAGUGCUUGGUGGUUGAGCGAGGUAUUCUUCCAUUCGGAUUGAAGAAGCUCUUGCUGAAUAUUGUGUACGAACUGCUCACAUUCGGCACUGAUGAGAGUGAAGAAUACAAUGAGGCCAAAUACUUGUCAGACGCGCUCACGACACAAGCCAAGUUUUGGAAUAGGAAUCAUCAGACGUUCACUGGGUGUCGUCUAGUUCAACAGUUAUCAAGAAAACUGCGAGAAGAAGAAAUAUUCGAUGAAAUGUGGACGGUUGUGACAGAAGGCAAGGCAGCUUGGAAUUCAGUGUUUCAAGUGGCAUCCGUUAUUGUUGAUCGAACAUCAUUCCCAAUUUACAAAAAGUGCGUGGAGCACCGCUUGACAGCGGCAGUCGACGAGAGAAGCACGACGCAAACGGUGGUCGCCGUGGCGCUGCUGCGAGGCUUUUGCGCAUGCGCAACAGAGUACGGCGCAUGGAAUGCGGCACUGCUCACACUCUUCCCCGCGCAAGCCUCGUUCGUCUUCUACGUCGACUGUCUGUCGCACAUUGUGCCUCUCGAGCCCACCAUCUGCCUCAAAGUCCAUGUCAACAAGGUGCCUGCAGCCCCACAGGGCGCGCACUCGGCGUUGGCCGACUACCUGGCACUGGUGCGCGCGCGUCUCUCCGAGCUGCAGGAGACCACCGACUGGGGGGGCCUCUUCGGGGGGGACGACGACGAGCAGGAUGUCGACCGAGUCCUCGCUCACUUCCAGGUUGAACAGGGGUGUCUUGCCGCAUUCAAGUCCCUUGUCUGUAUCGCUGUCAUCUGUAUGAACGGAGUCGGAUCGGAACGCUGUACGCUGUAUGCUGUAAGAAUACUGUGGCCCAGGCUUAGACUGUACUAAGACCAUUGUCAGUACAUUACAGUACUGUGAUGUCAAAUCCACACUUUCCAUAAUAUGUGACAAGGCUUUGUCCAUGCAGUGCAAAGCGCCUCUUGCUUUGUCAAAUCACUUGUAAACAAUGUAAUUAUAUAUUUUUAUUUAUAAAAAUAAGUACCCCUGAAUACAUAAAUUUAAAAAGUUUGAUUCCCUCGUUUCAAAAAUUCAAGAAAAUUGAGAUAUUUUUCUGAUUUUCACGUUUUUGGUAGUUUCUCAAUAAAGAAAAAUGGUUUAAGAUGGAUUUGAGGCAACUGAGCAUUUAGAACAUGGAAUUCUCUACAAUCUGAGACCAAUCGAAAGUUCCUAUCAUUCAGUCUCAAUUUAGAGGCUGUUGAUAUUAGUAGAAUCUUGAAAAAUGGAAAAAUGAAAUUCCCCAUUUAGCUGUAAUUUUUUAUUUGUAAUCGUAAGAAUAGAAUCGUUUAUUGGAGUGAAAGGAGGAGAAAAUUAUCAACAAAUUUGACUAGGUUUCCAAUGUUCCAUAUCGAGUAUUCCACGAGAAAAAAUGUUUUACGAUAACCAUGCGGAAUCACAAGAUACUCAUCUUACCUCCCCCCCACGCUUACUUACCUCCCAGGACCCCACGCCCUAAGUUAGGAAGCUAUUCCAUAGAAAGCCAGAAAAUUAGGAACUUUCCACCUCAUAAUUCUAUAUUUUGUCAAAUAAGAGUUUACGUUUCCGGAUAAAAUGUUAUAGCUUGUUUUAAGACCUUUAAAAUUAUAAGUCAAACUUUUAUGAUUUCCUAUAAUCCAGUUAAUCUGCCCAAUGUACGUUUUUCCGCGCUAAAUACCACGAGUUGAUUACAUAGAACAUAACUGGUGAAAUGCAAGUUUUUGUUAUAAGGUGUACGAGGAAAUCUAUUUGAGAUAAGUUAUAACGGUCUAACUGGGUAGAACACAAAAUUAAGCCCAGAGAGAUUUUGAGUUGAAAUCGGAAGAUAUGAUUGAUUAAAAGCAGAUUUUUUUCUAAAUUUAAAUUUUCCCUAAAAUUUGAAUCAUUCUUGAAAAAAUUAACUCAGCACUCAAUGCAGAUAGAAAGCUCCGAAUUAUUUCAAUUUAUUCGAAAUUUUAUUAUCUAGAAAAAGGCGAGAGUGAACUUUUCUGUCCGAUGACUCGAUUUGGUGUUAAUCUUAAAGAACUGGAAAAGGAACCGAAAAUCAGUGGUUUUAGGGCACUCUGUAGAAAGCUCCUGGGCUAGAAGAUCAACUUUGUGUAUUAAAGCUCCAAGAAACAUUGAAACUCUAGACAAUUGAAAAAACAUUGAAAACAUUUAAAACAUUGAAAACUCUAGAAACUCUUAAAACUCUAGAAACAUUGCAAGAAAAAUCUAGCGUGUUCGGAAUUAAUUUCGCAAACGGCCCUUUUCGACUACCUCGUUACUAACUAUACACCAGGCCGAAAUGAUCGUAACUAAUAGUAAGUGCAUUUUUCACUUCAUAAGUGUUUUGAAGUUUCAAAUUAAUAGUGGAAAAGUAUGGAUAUGCAACAGAGUAAUCACUAUUUUUUCCUUGGAAGAUUUUACCAGGCAAGACUAUUUUCUAGAUAUUGAUACUAACCACUAGUUGUUUUAUGAUCAGUUUCCCUUACAAGCCCCAGACUUGCAGCCAAUUGAUUAGCUAUAGUUUCAGGAAAUAUGCUUCGUAAUUCUAUCUUUCUCCAAAGGUCAAUGUUGACACAGAGUCGGAGUCCUGCUUCCAUAUACCUGAAAAUUGAUAAAAAAUAAAACCUAACAUUGUCAUAACCACUUUGUAUUGUGAUGUUAGUUUCGGUUUCCAAAUAAUUAUUAUCAAUCGCUUUCUCUAGUAAACGUGAAGCUUAAACAGAUCUCCAAACAACAGUUUUCAGUAAAUUUUACUAUA